AUGCGACUAAAAGACUCGUGGCUUAACCUUAAGCCGCGGAAGACGGUCUGGGUGGCGCUGGCCGCCAUCUGCCUCAGCUGUACGCUGCUGCUGCUCUUCGUCGAGUACGAGCGAAUCCCCCUGUCCUGGGACCGGCACAGCACCCUCAACCAGCAGCCAGUCACCCCUCCUUCUCUCUCCACUACUAAUCCAACUGCCGAAAACACCACCACCACCAUCUCCUCCUCCCCCAACUAUCAUAACAAUCAACCUCCGUACAACCCCAGCAAUGCCGUUUCGGGCGACCGCCGUUGUCAAGCCUUUGCUGACCCGGGCAACGUUGUCUUUGUGAUCAAGACCGGCGCUACAGAAGUCUACGAGAAGCUCCCAACACAACUCCUCACAACCCUCGGCUGCGUCCAGGACUUUCUCCUCUUCUCCGACCUCGACGAGCAAAUCGGCCCGUACCGCCUCCGAGAUACGCUCGCCGACUUUAAUGAAACCCUCAAAGAAACACUCCCGGACUUUGAGCUGUACCGGUUGCAGCAUGAGUUUCGACGAACUGGCCAGGACAUGGCCAGUCUGAAGGGCGAGAAGGCUUGGAAACUCGACAAGUACAAGUUUCUACACCUGGUUGAAAAGGCAUGGCUAGAGCGCCCGGGUCGCGAUUGGUACUUUUUCAUCGAAACAGACACCUAUGUCGUCUGGACGAACCUCAUCCUCUGGCUUCAACGCAUCUCCCCGCCGAAAGAUCCGCUGUAUCUCGGCUCGAUCGCAUACUUUAGAAACGAGCCAUUCGCACACGGCGGCAGCGGGAUCGUCAUAUCAGGGAAGCUGCUCGAGCAGUUCAUCGGCGGCGAGGCGGGACUCGCGAAUAAAUACGAUGACGCGUUUCAAACGAAUUGCUGCGGUGACUCUGUGCUCGCAAAUACCAUAAGGAAGGAGCUCGAUAUUGAAGUCAAGAAUAUGCGGCCGCAGAUUAACGGCGAAAAGCCAUCUACUCUCCCCUUUGGUCCGUCGCACUGGUGCCAGCCCGUUGUGACGAUGCACCAUCUCCACCCGCGCGAGCGAACUGCCAUUUUCGAUUUCGAACAAGCCAGGCUGGACCUUACUAAACCCCUAACCUUUGCCGAACUCUCCAAUCUUCCCUUCCCCUCCCCGAUCACCCGCGAAUACGAAGAAGACUGGGACAACCUUUCGGAAAUCCGCAUCGAAUUUGCCGGCGAGAUCAGCAACAGUCUCGAAACCUGCCGCGACGCCUGCAAAGGGCUAGAACAAUGCUUCCAAUGGCGCUACAGCUCCAGCGGCGAAUGCGAUGUCUCGACGCAAUUUUUCAGACUCGGCGGCAUGAGGAAGCCCGAGGAUAAUGGAACGAAGAAGUGGUAUUCGGGAUGGAACGUGGAGGAGAUUGAGAAAUGGAGGGCGGGGAAUAAGUGCAAGGAGGUUGAGUGGGUGGAGCCGUAUUGA